GGCUUCAAGCUUAUUUUUUUUUGUCUCUUUCCUUCCUUCUUUCUUCCUAUCAACACCUCAUUCAUAUCUUUUCUUUCCACGCUCCUCAUUUACUUAUUGCAACCCAACACUCACAUCUUCUCGCUUCUCCCCCUCGCAAUCGCUAUUCAUGCUAUCAUCUCAGGACUUGGCAAUUGAGCAGCCACAUUUUGUGCCGCCUCCUCAAGUGACAUUGCUGCGACCUACGCCGCAACUGCAGGCGAUGAUGAGCGUGAUUCGGGAUAGGAACACGAUUCGGGCGGAUUUUGUGUUUUAUGCGGACAGGAUCAUCAGACUCUUGAUUGAAGAAGGACUGAAUCAUCUUCCGGUCGUGGAAAAAAGGAUCCUGACCCCGACAGGCAACGAGUACCAAGGUCUUGAUUUCCAGGGCCGGAUCUGUGGGGUCUCCAUCAUGCGCGCAGGCGAAUCCAUGGAACAGGGACUGAGGGAUGUGUGCAGGAGUGUCAGGAUUGGCAAGAUCUUGAUCCAGAGGGAUGAGGAGACAGCCCUGCCGAAGUUGUAUUAUGCAAAGUUCCCACCAGACAUCGCAACAAGAUAUUGUCUACUACUGGAUCCUGCUCUCGCGACGGGUGGCUCUGCGAUGAAGGCGAUCGAGGUGUUGAACGACUAUGGUGUGCUCGAGGAGAGGAUCUUGUUUGUAAACCUGCUGUGUUGCCCCGAAGGCAUCACUGCGGUGUUGGAGAAGUAUCCGAAGAUAAAGAUCGUUACAGCAGAGGUUGACAGUGGAUUGAAUGCGAAGAAGUUUAUUGUCCCAGGUCUGGGAGAUUUUGGGUGCCGGUACUAUGGCACGGAUAGGUGAACGAAGGAGGGACGGCAUGGCAGAGGGGAAGGAGACGGGAGGAGAGGAGGAUUAGUAAAUGUGUAUCCAUGUAGAGAUGAUGUAUGUAGCUGGUGUGUUACGGACAGCAUGCACAAUAAAUUGCCUAGUGGACAUGAUGGACUUGGAAGUACUUGGAAGUGGUACGGCG